AUGGAGCGUCUAUCGGUUCGUUUCCAGCAAGAGCAGAGCAAUCGCGGGUCCAUCAUAUCUGUGCACGAUACCCGCCGUAGUUCCAGCAGCAGCCUCAGUGUCUCGGCUUGUAGCAUCAGCAGUAGAGUGAGCCACUGCCCAGCGCCGUUGACGCAGCCGUCGUCUCAUAGUGUUGACCAAUUUUGCGAGGACUAUGAGGUCGUGUUUAGAGAGGAUAAAUUGGGGUUGACUUUAAAAAGUCAUGAGCAGAUAGACCCUUUAGGCUACAGGAUUCCAGUAACCAUUGUCAAGUCCACGAUCUUCAGUGUCGGACAAGUGUCACACCAGAUUCGAGAAGGAGACGUGCUGUUAUCGGUGAAUGGAGAAAGUAUUACAAAUUUGGAAUUUCAGGACGUUCUGCGGAUUCUUAAGAUCGCGUCCCGGCCGAUUCGUCUGCGAUUCCGCACCAGAUUUACACUGCGACGAGCGUGGUCGAUGUCAGGCAAUGAGCAGCAGGACGUUGGUUUGAGACGGUCGAGUGUGGAGAGUGUUGACAGCGAUUUGCGUGUGCCCAUUGCAGCCGGAGCUUUCUUGUUUCCCGAACAUCCCGGGUUGGAAGAGAACCGGGACGACUCGGACAGCCAGGGCAGCCAGGACGCCGUCAUGUCCGAAAGCUUUGGCGACGCUGAUAGUGCGCGAUCUACGGAGAAUAGUUCGGUAAUUACAGAGCUUACAGACAUAGAGUUAACGUCAGGUCGGCAGUCGUCGCGGCUGGCUGCAUUUCUUCGCAAACCUUUUCGUCGUGGCGAUGGGUUUGAUAGCGCUCGGUGGGAACUACGAUUGGGCAUUGUCCCGGCCGCCCCGCGUACAGAGAUCUCUCUCGAGUCGCCUAUUAAGGCUGCAAUUCAUGUGAGCUGGCGUGUACACGCGAAAGCGGUAUCGUAUCACUUGCAAUUUUCUCGAGAUUGGACAAUGAAGGUUUGGAAGAAUUGGUCAGGACGACCUCGACGAGCAAGUGACAACGAGCGCGAACUGGUUACGACGAUCUUUGGCCUCGACUACUCGAAGAGCUACGUGGUUCGUGUCCGCUAUGAGUUCAGUGGUGGUCACAGCCCCAGUGAGUGGAGCGUAGCAAGUACGCCCCUUACAACAAUCAGUCAUGUCGACGCCAUGCACCAUCGAAUCGCACAGCCAAGAGCACAACGUGGAUAA